AUGCUUUCACUAAUAAGAUCAUCGUCCAGAGUCACACUCCUUCGGUCAAUUCGGUCUUUUUCUACCUCCUGCUUUAGGCUAUCAGGUGAGGCGGUGAAAAGGAAGCCGGCCCAAAACCCGGUUUUCAGCAAAAGUCUAAAAUCCAAUCCUCACCAACUGGUGGAAACAAUUCAUAAAACUGCAGAGAUGUUUGGUGCUGCGCACAGGUGGGGACCAAAGCCUGAGGAUACUGGUGUCACAAGAUUGGCCUUGUCCGAUUUUGAUAAAGGUGUGAAAGAGUGGUUUAUCAAAGAAGUGAAAUCUUUGGGUUGCACUGUCAAGAUCGAUGAAGUUGGAAAUAUCUUUGCUACCUAUCCUGGUAAAAAUAACAGUGCACCAGCAACAGGAAUCGGUUCUCAUCUCGAUACUCAACCAACUGGUGGCAGAUAUGAUGGAAUCUUUGGUGUUCUUUCCGGGUUGCAAGUCUUGCGAACUAUGAAACAAAACAACUACGUUCCAAACUAUCCGAUCACCUUGGUGGAUUGGUGCAAUGAGGAAGGUGCAAGGUUCCCGAUGUCUAUCAUGGCCUCGUCUGUCUGGGCUGGUAUCAACACCAAAGAGGAAGUUUACGCCUUGAAAGAUGUGUUUGAUGAUAAAACUACCGUUCUUGAUGAGUUGAAGCGGAUCGGUUUCCAGGGUCCAGAGCGUUGCAGUCACGAUUCGAAUCCUCUAAAGUGCCAUUUUGAAAUGCACAUUGAGCAGGGACCUGUUCUCGAGAACACGAACAAGAAGAUCGGUGUUCUAAUCGGUGCCCAGGCCUACAGAUGGCUAUAUGUGACCAUGAAAGGUAUGGCCCAGCAUACUGGUAGUACUCCAAUGGAGUACAGAAGAGAUGCCUUGUUUGCUACUUCUAAGGUGAUGGUGGGAAUCAACAGCAUUGCCCGGAAAUAUGGUGGAGUGGCAUCUGUUGGAAAGAUGAGCGAGACUCCAAACGUUGUCAAUGUCAUUCCUGGUACAGUCAAGUUUGUCAUCGACAUCAGAAAUCACACGGAUGAGGGUCUUGAGAAGAUGUAUAAGGAGAUUAUGCAGUUGAUCGAAAACUCGGUGAAGAAUGAAGAGGGUAACGGUGUUUCAGUUGAGGCAACAGUCGAGAAUCCAUUCCCUAUUCCGGCAACAUACUUCAAUAAAGACUUAAUCAGCAUCAUUGAAAGCUCUGCUGAUGAUAUUGUCGGUCCUCAGUAUGUGCACAAGAUGAUGAGUGGUGCUGGCCAUGAUUCAUGUGCUACGAACACUGUUAUUCCAACUGCAAUGAUAUUUGUUCCAUCCAAGGAUGGUGUUUCUCACAAUCCUCGGGAAUACACAUCCCCAGAGGAGCUUGAGGCUGGUUUCCAGGUUCUUUUAGAGACUGUGCUUAGAUAUGACCAGGUUAGGGGUGAUUAG